UUCGCUCGACCUCAGCCGGCUGCGGGAAGCGGCCAUUUUCUGGGAGAGCGGAGUAGCCGCCGAGUCUCUCUUCCCGUGGAGGACGGCCCCGGAAGGGCUGAGAGGUAGAGUCCGCUUGGUGCUGCGAACCGAGAGCUGGGCCGCCUGCGUGGCCGCUGCUGAGGAGGAUGCUUUUUUUCCCUACCACGGUGCAGCCUCAGGUCACAGUUCCUUUGAGUCAUCUAAUCAAUGCCUUCCAUUCGCCUAAAAGUCCAGCUCCAUCUUUCGCUGCAACAUCUACCCAGUGUGUGCAAAAGGAAGCAGCACCUGAAAAUGAUGUACAGAACAGUGAACCAGCACUUAACCUACGAGACCUAGGACUGUCUGACUUGAAAGCUAGCCAGCUUGAUGAACUAGUGGACAGGCUCCUUCCUGGCUUUUCUGCAGAAAAUAAAAUCUCUUCACACUGGCAAACAUCACAUAUAUCUGCACAGUCCUUUUUUGAAAAUAAGCAUGGUUUUGCUGAUAUAUUUAGUAUAUUACGCUCAUCUUACCCAUACAGACAGCAACCCAGCCCCCUCCGGAGUGUAUGUUCCGAUCUUCAGCGUUGGCCAGUGUUCAUUCAGUCUCGAGGUUUUAAAACUCUGAAAUCAAGAGCAAGACGGCUGCAAUCUACAUCAGAACGAUUAACUGAAACAGAAAAUGUAGCUCCUUCAUUUGUAAAGGGUUUUCUACUGAGAGAUAGAGGAUCUGAGAUUGAAAGUUUAGAGAAACUGGUGAAAACAAAAAACAUACCUGAAGCUCAUCUUGAUGCCUUUAAAACUGGCUUUGCAGAGGGCUUUUUCAAAGCACAGACACUUACACGAUAUACCUUAAGACGAACCCGUUUAUGGCUCUUGGUUCUGAUACUGUUUUGUAUUUAUACUGCGUCAAAAAUCCCAUUUUUAUCUGUGCGUUUUCGUGCAGUCCCUGGACUUGAUGUAGCAGUGGACCCUAUUCAGAUGAAAAAUGUCACCUUUGAACAUGUUAAAGGGGUUGAAGAAGCUAAGCAAGAGUUGCAAGAGGUGGUAGAAUUUUUGAAAAAUCCUCAGAAAUUUACUGUACUAGGAGGUAAACUUCCUAAGGGCAUUUUGUUGGUAGGACCACCUGGUACUGGCAAAACUCUUCUUGCCAGGGCUGUGGCAGGAGAAGCUGAUGUUCCUUUCUAUUAUGCCUCUGGUUCAGAAUUUGAUGAGAUGUUUGUUGGUGUGGGAGCCAGUCGCAUCAGGAAUCUGUUUCGGGAAGCCAAAGCAAAUGCACCUUGUGUUAUAUUCAUUGAUGAGCUGGAUUCUGUUGGUGGCAAAAGAAUAGAAUCUCCAAUGCAUCCCUACUCAAGGCAGACUAUAAAUCAACUCCUUGCUGAAAUGGAUGGCUUUAAACCCAACGAAGGAGUCAUCAUCAUUGGUGCAACAAACUUCCCUGAAGCAUUAGAUAACGCUUUAAUUCGUCCUGGCCGUUUUGACAUGCAAGUAACAGUCCCCAGACCAGAUGUUAGGGGCCGAACUGAAAUUCUGAAAUGGUAUCUUAAUAAAAUAAAGUAUGAUGAGUCUAUUGAUCCAGAAAUCAUUGCAAGAGGUACUGUGGGAUUUUCAGGAGCUGAACUGGAAAACCUUGUGAACCAGGCUGCAUUAAAAGCUGCAGUUGAUGGAAAGGAUAUGGUUACCAUGAAGGAGCUAGAAUUUUCAAAGGACAAAAUUCUUAUGGGUCCUGAGCGUAGAAGUGUAGAAAUUGAUGAAAAGAAUAAAACAAUUACUGCCUAUCAUGAAUCUGGGCAUGCACUUAUCGCAUAUUAUACUAAAGAUGCAAUGCCAAUCAACAAAGCAACAAUUAUGCCACGAGGACCAACACUAGGACAUGUGUCCUUGCUGCCAGAAAAUGACAGAUGGAGUGAAACUAAAUCCCAGCUACUUGCACAGAUGGAUGUUAGCAUGGGAGGAAGAGUAGCAGAAGAACUCAUAUUUGGAGGGGAUCACAUCACAACAGGUGCAUCUAGUGAUUUUGACAAUGCUACUCAAAUAGCAAGGCUCAUGGUAACUAAGUUUGGAAUGAGUGAAAAGCUUGGUGUCAUGACCUACACAGAUACAGGGAAACUCAGUCCUGAAACCCAGUCUGCAAUUGAACGAGAAAUAAGAACACUUUUAAAGGACUCCUAUGAGCGGGCAAAGAGUAUCUUGAAGAGCCAUGCAAAAGAACACAAGAAUUUAGCAGAAGCAUUGCUGACUUAUGAGACUCUGGAUGCCAAAGAAAUUCAGAUCGUUCUAGAGGGGAAAAAACUAGAAAUGUGAUGAUACUGUCCUUGUUAAGUGUUCUAACUGAUUACUUGCAAUAAUGCAAUAGUCUUCUUAUGCAGUGUAGCUUUCUUUUCCUCCUGAUGCGUGUGUGGUAAUAAUCAUACUUCUUAAGGAUAAACAACUUGUCUUGUGAGCUUUUGUUACAUUUUACAAAUGUUUGUCCUUUCUUAGAAAAAGACACAAGGAGAAAAUAAAGUUCCCACAGAUACAGGCGUAUAAUCUCAGGGUUUAAUCUGGCUUCUUUGAAAACUUCAAAUACUGAAGCUGAAUAAUAUGUUCUAAAUAUGCCUUCCCAGGCUAACUGCUCCACGGAGACUUGGGAAGCGUAGCUCUGUUCACUCUUGUGGCCUGAGACUUAUUAAAAUGGGACAAGAUUUACAGGUUGCAGAGGAAUUAUGUCUCUGUCUAGUUUAAUGCCAGAGGGCAGCUUAUAAAACCAUCAUUCACAAUUUAGGAGAAAAAGCAGGAGUAUAUAUUUAGCAGUUCAUACAGACUUCAGAAAGUUGAAGGCCAGAUAUUACUAUUAACAGAGCUACACUUUUCCUGCACUUCAUGCAUAUGCACAGUGUGGAAACCCUGUGAACAGAGCAAGAAAGCUGAUAAAAAUAGGGAUGCAUUCACAUCAUAUUUUGGGGGUGAGGAGACAUGUACUCAGUCUCAGCUGAGAAUAACUGCUUAGUCUCCUGUGAGGCAGCACUGGGAAAAUGUUUCCCAUCAUAUUUGAGUAAUAUACUGGUGCAACAGCAGUGCUUUGCUGCUGUCUGAACUGUUAGGUUUUUAAAAAAUUGUUGGGAGCCCUGCCAAUUUCCCCAUAGGACACAUGAUGGAGAGUAUUUUGGACUACUCUUCUACUUUUAGUCACAUUCCCUCUUCCAAUAAAUAUAAUUUUUUCUGUUUGAAGUUUGAAGUUUUUGAGACCGUACUAUAAGCACAUGCUGCCAAAUAGUAUAAUUAAAAUGUGCUCUAAAAUGCUCCAAUUGGGCCAGAGUGGAGUGCAGUGGGGGACAGUUGCGAACAAUAUUCAUACCUUUUCCAUGGAAUUAUUUUGUGUGGGCAGACAGGCAGUUGGUGGAUUACUCUCACAACUGUAGUGCCUGUACUUUCCAUUAGUGCUGUGCCAGGUAAUGGAAGAAACUUGGCAGUGAACUUCAUUUAAAACUAGGGCUAACAUGGCAUUUUGCUGUGAAUACAACUGACAGUGCAAUUAUUUUUGAAUUAGUUGAAAGCUCCUUUUACUUCAGCAAUCCCAGUAUUUAAGUGCAACUUUCUUUUAUUGCUUUUUCCAUUGUCAACUUAGUAACUCAAGGAAGGACCUCAAGACCAUUUCUUGAACCAGAAUUCCAAGCUGCUAUGCUGACACAUUGCAAGUGUAUUCUUCACAGUCAGAGAUGUGCAUAUGAAGCAUGCAUGGCACCUUUUUAAAAUAAAACAUUGUUUUAAUUAUGCAGAAUGCUUUUUCCAGUUUUUCCAACUAUAAAUUGCUUUAUCUUUGGUUUUCCUCGUAUGUAAAUUGAGGUGUAUAAAACAUAUCUUAAACCUGUAAAUAAAUUUGGGAGUUAAGCAGAA